AUGAAGUUCUCUCUCGUUUCCGUGCUGGCUUGCUCAGCCAUUGUUUCGGCAAGCUGGGUCAAGAACUUGAACUACCGCUCACCUUCAGAGAACCAUCCAGCUUUAGGCAUAUCCCUCAGCAAAGUCAACAAGCGAAACACUCCAGACAAGAAGUUUACGGCUGAUCAGCUCAACUUCACCCAUGGCGUAGCAUCCGGCGACCCAUAUCCAAUACGGCGCGUUGCAGCAGCUGACAGCACCUUCCUCAUAGACUCGGUCAUCCUCUGGACGCGGGUAGCUCCCAUGGUCGACGAUGUCAAUAGCAACUCCACCGUCAGCGGCUACGUCCCACUCUACAACCACGGUCCCAACGUAACAGUCUCAACCGCACCCGUCUGCGUCGAAUGCAAGGUCGCCCGCACGGCAGACUUCAAGAACGUAGAGAGCAGCGGCACAGCAUAUACGAGCAGUGACAUCGACUACACGGUCAAGGUGGAAGCCACCAGAUUGUCUUCGUGGGCACGAUACUACUACCAGUUCAAUGUCUGUGGAAGCAACAGCACGGCCAGCCCGCUCGGCCGCACGAAGACUACUCCCAACCCAGGAGACUACGUUAGCAAUGUAGGUCUGGCAGUCUACUCGUGUAGCAACUUUCCAUUUGGCUUCUUCAACGCUUUCGGAAAUCCAGUUCGUAAAGAUUCGGUCGAUUUUGUCCUUCAUCUGGGAGACUAUAUCUACGAAUACGCUGGAGAUGGAGAUUAUGGGUAUGGUCAGAGCAUUGGACGUGUGCCAAAGCCCGAGCACAUCAUUUACACCCUGUACGACUACCGCGCGAGGCUGGCUACUUACAGAACAGACGAGGAUCUUCUCCUCUCCCACCAAACGUACCCAUGGAUCCCGGUCUGGGAUCUCCGACAACACAUACCGAGACGGAGCCUCCGAGCUAAACAACACCGAAGCAUCCUUCGUCAUGGACGGCGGCGUAUCUCCGCCUCCGCACAACGCGGUGCCCGCUGGCGCAUCAUCAGCUCCCAAACCGUCUUCUCCAAAAUCAACGAAUCCGUCUCCUACGGAAACGUCAACCCCCUCGACUACGACGCCUGGGACGGCUACCAAGCUAACCGCAACCGAACCCUGAACUUCCUAACGCAAAACAACAUCGGCAAUAACAUCGUCAUCAGCGGCGACUCGCACGCCUCUUGGGUCUCGGAUCUCGUAUGGUUAGGCCAUGCGAAUUAUUCUGCAGAUACGGGUGCAGGGAGUCUAGGUGUGGAGUUUGCUGGAUCGGCUGUUUCGUCACCUUGUCCGUAUGGUCAGAAUAUUACGCAGAAGUCUGCGAAUGAUUUCUCGGAUAUUCUCGAAGCGGCGAAUCCGGAACUGCAUUGGAAUGAUCUGUAUUAUCUUAAUGUAUCCUUCUUUGGUCUUCCAACAAUCGUAAACCGCAACCCUCUCGAAAUUUCACUGGUCAAUUUCACGGUGAAGAGUGGCGCAAAUGCGCUGCAGAGGCCUAUUGCUGGUGGGAUCGCGGAGAGUGGGAGUCUCAAGGGCGGCAUGAUUCAGCAGAGUAAUAUUACCAACAAUACUGAGACUGGACAGUACAGUAUUGUGGUUGACGAUGAGGAGGAUAUCUAG